CCCUUCAGCAUUUUGACUGCUGUCAUCGGUUCUCUGCUGCCUGUUUCCAUCACACAUCAGAAGCAAAAUGUCGUCCGGAGUAAAAGUCUGUGACGAAGUGAAAACCAUCUUCAACAAAAUGAAAGUGGUGAAAACCGAGGAUGCCGAGGAGGAUCGUAUAAGAUUGGUGACCUGCGUCAUCGACGAAGAAAAAGGUGAAAUUAAAGUGGAGACAUGUCUGCAGCAAAAAUCUGAAGAGUGCAAGGACGAUGUAUUCAAGAGCCUCCAGAAUCUAAUGCCAAAAGAUCAUUGCCGCUACAUCCUGUACGACUGCCACUUUGAAACGGAGGAAUGUUGUAAAAAAGAGGAACUGGUCUUCAUGCUGUGGACUCCUGACAGUGCAACCAUCAAAGAAAAAAUGCAGUAUGCUUCCUCUAAAGGGGCUAUUGACAAGGUCAUGGAGGGUGUCAAGCAUAGAAUGCAGUUGCAUGAUAAGGCAGAUAUCGACAGGGAGGAGUUUGCAAAAUGCCUUACGGACAAAGUAAAGAACCUUGAGGGCCACAGCAUGCGUGGUCAUGCACAAUAGUAAACAAACAGUCUUUGCCCUGUUUUAUAAUAGGGCACGUUUAACGGGAUUUGAGGGGAUAAUGGCAAGAUUUCCAUAUCGACUUUGUUUUUGUAUUGGUUCAAGGCUUAAAGGGAUGGUUUAGAUUCCUGUAACACAAACUCCUGUCUGUUCCCCUUCCAAACUGUCCAGUCUAACUUUGUUCAUUAUUUGACAUAUCCAUACAUUAGCCUAUUGAAACUAUUGUCUGUCACUUUACUCUUGGUAUGUCUAUAUUUCUCAAAUCAAUAAUUUGCUGUUUUUCUUUUUUUUUUACAUGCAUACUGUUUGAAUCCCAGCAUAGGCCAGUACACACUAUUUUCCUUCCUUGUGUACAUGUCCACUCAAACCAUAUCCUGUAAAAUAUCCCAAUGGAUGCACGACUAGAGUUCACUAUAGGUCAAAAUGACUGGGUCUGUAAGUAUAAGAAAUCUGUUUUUCUAGACUGUUACACCUAUAAAGAAUAGUACAAAGAGUUUCACAUAAAAUGUAACGGUUGUAUUGAGAGCAUUAUAAAAUAAAUGCAAUGAAUUGGGCAAGUGUUAACUUUUUUUUUUCCCCCCCACUAAAAGAAAGUAUGGAUGAAAGCUGUAAUUAACGAGCUGGGGGUUGGUCUGAGCACCUGGAUGCAUACCACAAGGAUUGUCCAGCUUCUCAGAUAACAUGUGGCCUGUUAAUAUCAGAUGUGGGAGGCCAGGUGACUUUGGGUUUAGCAGGCUUUAAGGUGUAGCUUGAGUCAAACCAAGCACUGCAAUUGGUGCUGUCUGUAUAUUGCAAAAAAAGUUUUAACAAACUGGUAGCUUGAAUCUUAAGUUAAAGUUGUGUAAAAUCUGAAGUCAUUUAGCUAAGUUUACUCCAUAUUUCCUCACUGCAGUCAUAUUUAUGGACUCGAUGUAUCAAUAUACCGUCAAUAAAACCGCACUCAGUUUUUUUUUUUUUUUUACUUGUGCAGUAUUUCACACAACACAAGUAUGCAGCAAACAACUAUUUGAAGAUUUAGUGGGGUUAUGUCUGUCUGAGCAGAGAGUGAAGUUGCGCUGCGUUAUCAGUUUCUCCUUGCUUUGUUGACACAGCUGAGCAUGUUUUUAAUGCAUGUGUCCGACUGGUGAGCUCAAGGCCGCAGCGUUGCACUGCUGUCACAGAUUCAACCGAUUACGCUUUCCUGGCCGCCAGAUGAAUAGUUUGACUUUUUGGGAAAGGACUGGCUGGCCUAUUCAGUCUUGGCGAGAGUCUGAGAAGGUGGAUCCCACUCAUGUUUGCUAAAUAUGUACCUGGAGCCCGCAGUUUAUUGUAAAGACUGAAGAAAGGCAGGCAAACCAGUGGAGACUCCAUGAAGUUACUGGCCCAGUCCAUAACCCCCUCAUGAAAUUGCUGAGAUAAAUGUUUAAUAAAAGAGAUGUCUUUCAAUCUAAAUCUGAAAAA